UCUUUGCUGACAGCUACGAGGCCGGCAAGGAAAUGCAAGAGAAGAUAAGACCAAGGAAAAAAAUUGUCUUUGCAUGCCAUUUGGAGACCAUUCCCUCGGCUGAAUACGUUGGACCCUUUAAAAAACAUAAGAAAACAGAAAGGCAACCUUUCAUGCUUAGAAUUUGUUGGGGUUGAAAUGGAAAAGAUUGAGAGGGAUUUGACAUGGUUUGAUGGGUGGGCUCUUAUUGCUGUCGUGGUUGUUUUUGGCUUGCAUGGUACAGUAGUUAAUGGUGGUUAUGUGGAUUACAAUACUGGGGGUGGAGUUGUGCCAGGAAAGUUGAAUGUCCAUUUGGUACCACAUUCACAUGAUGAUGUUGGUUGGUUAAAGACUGUUGAUCAAUACUAUGUUGGAUCAAAUAACAGUAUUCAGGGUGCUUGUGUUGAGAAUGUGCUGGAUUCAGUGGUGGAAUCAUUGCGUCGAGAUUCCAAUAGGAAGUUUGUUUUUGUUGAAAUGGCUUUUUUCCAGCGAUGGUGGGUAGAACAAAGUGAGGAAAUUCAAGAGCAAGUGAGGAAACUUGUUGAGGCUGGCCAAUUGGAAUUUGUAAAUGGUGGUUGGUGUAUGCAUGAUGAAGCAACUUGUCAUUACAUAGACAUGAUUGACCAAACAACUCUAGGUCACCUCGCAAUAAAGGAGCAGUUUAACAAGACUCCUCGAGCUGGGUGGCAGAUUGAUCCAUUUGGACAUUCUGCAGUGCAAGCUUACCUUCUUGGGACUGAGCUUGGAUUUGAUUCUGUACACUUUGCAAGGAUUGAUUACCAGGACAGAGCGAAGCGCAAAGAUGAUAAAGCUCUUGAAGUUAUAUGGCGUGGAUCCAAGACAUUUGGUUCUUCCUCUCAGAUUUUUGCCAAUGCCUUUCCUGUUCAUUAUAGUCCACCAAAUGGUUUUCAUUUUGAAGUGUUUGACGACUUUGUGCCAGUCCAGGACAACCCCCUUUUAGAUGACUACAAUGUUGAGCAGCGGGUUAAUGAUUUUAUAAAUGCUGCUAUGACCCAAGCAAAUGUGACAAGGACAAACCAUAUUAUGUGGACCAUGGGCGAUGAUUUCCAGUAUCAAUAUGCUGAGUCUUGGUUCAAGCAGAUGGACAAAUUAAUUCACUAUGUUAACAAGGAUGGUCGAGUGAAUGCUUUGUAUUCUACACCAUCUAUCUACACUGAUGUGAAAAACGCAGCAAAUGAGUCUUGGCCACUGAAAACUGAUGAUUAUUUCCCUUAUGCAGAUACGGAAAAUGCCUACUGGACUGGCUUUUUUACUAGUCGCCCAGCCUUGAAGCGAUAUGUUCGUCAGCUGAGUGGAUAUUAUUUGGCAGCACGACAACUAGAGUUCCUGGUUGGGAAAAAAUCCACUGGUCCCAACACAUAUAGACUUGGAGAUGCUUUAGGCAUUGCACAGCACCAUGAUGGUGUCACUGGCACUGCCAAACAACACACUACAAAUGACUAUGAAAAACGCCUUGCUAUUGGAGCCUUGGAGGCAGAAGCUACUGUGAGUUCUGCUCUGUCAUGCUUGGUUAGCAAUAAAUCAAGAGAUCAAUGUGCAAAACCAGCAUUGAAUUUUAGUCAGUGUCAAUUACUAAAUAUCAGUUACUGCCCGCCAACAGAGAAAGCCAUUGCAAAUGGGAAGAGAUUGGUCAUGGUUUUGUAUAACGCUCUUGGAUGGAAUCGCACUGAUGUUAUUAGGAUACCAGUUAAUGACCCUAAUCUAGUUGUUGCUGAUUCCUAUGGAAAACAUAUCGAGACGCAAUAUGUUACCAUGGAUAAUACCACACGCAACUUAAGAAACUUUUAUUUGAAGGCAUAUGGAUUUACAUCCAUUCAAGUUCCCCGGUAUUGGCUGCACUUUCAAGUGUCUGUGCCACCACUCGGUUGGAGUACCUACUUUAUUGCUAGUGCUACUGGGAUAGGGAAAAGAAGAAACGGGCUCUCUGUGAUGGACAACCCACAGAAUGAUACCAUUGAAAUCGGAUCUGGAAAUUUGAAAAUGUCCUUUUCUUCUAUGACUGGUCAACUCAAACGGAUGCAUAAUUCCAAAACAGGGGUUGAUGUGCCAAUACAGCAAAGCUACUUUUGGUAUGGUUCAAGCUCUGAGCAAAUGCAAUCUUCGGGUGCAUAUAUCUUAAGGCCUGAUGGUUCCCCUCCCCAUGUUGUUGCAAGAUCAGUGCCCCUGCAGGUUCAUCGUGGACCACUGUUUGAUGAGGUUCGCCAACAAUUUAAUUCAUGGAUCUACCAGGUAACAAGAGUUUACAAAGAUCAAGAGCAUGCAGAACUUGAAUACACUAUUGGCCCAAUUCCCCUUGAAGACGGUGUUGGAAAAGAGGUAAUCACAAGAAUGACAGCAAAUAUGGCCACAGAAAAGGUGUUUUAUACUGAUUCUAAUGGAAGGGACUUUCUAAAGCGGAUUCGAGACUACAGAGCUGACUGGAGCCUCUCUGUCAAUGAACCUGUUGCAGGAAACUAUUAUCCACUUAACCUUGGAAUUUUUACAAUGGAUAAGAGAUCUGAAUUAUCAGUCUUGGUUGAUCGUGCCACUGGAGGAGCCAGCAUUAAAGAUGGUCAACUAGAACUAAUGCUUCAUAGGCGGACUCUCCAUGAUGAUUCUAGAGGAGUUAAUGAGGCCCUUGAUGAAAGUGUUUGCAUUGGAGAUGAAUGUGAAGGACUAACGAUUAGAGGAAAUUAUUAUUUGAGCAUCAACCAGGUAGGGGCUGGAGCAGUCUGGCGCCGAACAACUGGCCAAGAGAUUUACACACCACUUCUUGCAGCUUUCACACAGGAGAAGGAAGAGACUUGGAAAGCAUCUCAUGUGGCCACGGGAACUGCCAUGGAUCCCGGCUACAGCUUGCCACUAAAUGUUGCUUUGAUAACCCUUCAGGAGCUGGAUGAUGGGAGUGUUCUUCUCCGUCUGGCUCAUUUAUAUGAGGCGGGAGAAGAUGCUGCUUAUUCAACACUAGCUAAAGUUGAACUGAAGAAGAUGUUCAGUGGAAAAGCAAUUAGGGAGCUGAAGGAAAUGAGCUUGUCAUCAAACCAAGAGAAAUCAGAGAUGAAGAAGAUGACAUGGAAGGUUGAGGGAGACAACGGAGAGCAACCUGCACCCGUUAGAGGUGGUCCUGUCGAUCAUUCAACUCUCAUUGUUGAACUUGGUCCCAUGGAAAUUCGCACUUUCUUGCUACAAUUUUGAUAUUUAUUCACAUGGAAUCUCUUAAACUUGUUAACAUGUAUUUCAGAAUAAAUGAGGUGAUGGAUCUUUUUCAAUGGGAUCUCUCUCCUCAUGUCCUUCACUUUUCAAGAUUUUGAUUAUUCAUGCGUUGCAGGAUUCAAAGUCACCGGUUGACUUUCUGAGGAAAUAUUUUCCUCAUCUCAUGUUAAUUAUAAAAUAUGCACAUUAAAGAAGGAUCCAAUUGAGAAUGUGUGAAAUGUACGAGACAUGGUCGAUGAAAUUAGAUUUGGGAUGCA